AGCAAUGUAUAACAGAUUCUCUUUCUCCUUAAUCAACUGGCUAGACGCCGAUGAUUUCGUCAUCCCAGAGAAGACGGGGAAUCUCAGGCGUCAAAUGAUCCGUACCAAGAGCAAAAGGCGUUUUGCUUUCCGAGUCUCCGAGGAAGAACGAUUCCAGCAGUUAAGGGAGAUGCUGAAAGACCCCCAGAGGAGGUCCAAGUUAAUCUCGAAUCCAACCAACUUCAACCACGUGGUGCAUGUGGGCCCUCCGCAAGACAUGCAUAAUCUCCGGGAUCUGCCCAGGUCAAAAGAUUCACCAGAAGAAAGAAAUCAAAUGUCUUCCAUCCUUCCCACAUUCCGACACCGUAGCAACACGGCAUCAGGGUUCCUGAGCGAUAAAAAGUCUUCCAGAGAUCCAGCACCUGGUUCUUCCAGCAGUCAGCUGCCACGGAAACAGAUCUCUCCGGACUCGGCCUCGCUGGCGGAUUUUAAUCCCACUCGUCUCUGAGGCCUCCCAGCAACCACCUCCCCUGAGGUGUGGAAACAAGACCACCUAACUCACUCUGAACAAUUAGCGCAGAGACCUUCCCAGUUUUUCCCCCGAUUCUGAGAGAACCAUUGGCGAGGGUCAACAGGACGACACCUCUGCAUCCUGAAUGUCAACUGAAUGGUAGUUUCCGGAACAUUCCAUCCACCCUUGGCACAGACUCAAGGAACGGUUGCUUCUCUCCCCUUGACGUUUAAAGCCCUUGAGGACUGGCUCCUCCUCAGCUCCCACUGAUGCUGCCACCUCAAACUGUGAGGCUGUGUUUGUGGGCAGCAAUAUGCCAGGCUUAUCUGGGCCAAAGGCCCUGUCGCCCAAUGGCCCCUAUGUUACGGGUGAGGAUGGUGGUGGGAGGGGGAGGUGGGGGGUGGAUUGAUCUUAACCUCAGUAAAGGAUGGUUCGGUGGUCCAUCUCUGCAAUCCCCACAUGUGCCAGGACUGCAGCCAGGAAAGGCAUGUCCUUCUCUCUCUCUCUCUCUCUCUCUCACUGCUGUUUUGAAAGUCCCGUGCUUCCUACAAGGUCUGUCAGCCAUUAGGUUAAGUGCAGAGCCGCUGUCAAACCAAGCGUGCAUCCCUCAGUUAACCAGUUAUUGCAAUAACUGGGCGUGCAUUCCACCCUCUGUCUAGGCAGAUAAUUCCUACCUCUGUGAAAACGGUGGAGCAGUCAACUGCUGCAAAAUGGGGGUCGGAGGAAGAAAGCAAAGAUGAGGGGAGACCUGAUUACCUGUAAACGCCCACACCCAGAUUCUGCACCCCCCCCCCCCACCUUUCAGUUACAGGGGACGAAAGGACACAACACUUCAUUUGGACCCCAGACAUGAGAUGUGCUUGUGCAGGAUGCCAGCAUUUCCUGCAGCCCUUGAAAUGCCCGCAGCAGGUUUGCAGGAAUGGGGGCCAUCUCUGUCCACACAGGGUAAGGUUGGGAGUGGGUUUAGAGAAUGUCCAUUCACACCACAUGCCUGUCAGUGCAACACCAGCAGCUAAUGCUGUCUUAAAGCUGAGUUUAUUCCCCGUCCAAAAUCCUCCUUUCAAGAAUCCCCCUACCACCUCCCAACCAAUCGCUGUGUAAAUCUUGCUCGUUUGUGGACAUAAUUAACUGCUUCUAGGAUUGUUUAAUACAAGUACUUGUACAGCAACGAAAGGACUCUCAGCUUUGUUUU